UCAGCGGAAUCAGAGUCGUGUAGCCUAAAGGUCCUAUCGCAUAACAUUCUGAUGCCCCCUACAUUCAAACAAUUGGUCUUUAGCCUGUUGAAAAGAAAUACAACGUUCCAUCAUUAGACUUGGCGACAGGCUCCGAUGAAGAUGAUGCUCCUUCAGGUUCCUGUCAUUUACAGUGCAGUAACGGCACCGUCAGCAUCUCAUUCAUAGUGACAUGAAGGCAUCGCUUACAGCAUCACAGAGAGAGUGGAGCUCAGCACAGCAUCACAGCCAAUGACCUCAGCGGUUCUGCAGCAGAGAGAGAGAGAGGUGAGAGAGAGAGCGGGUGAGAGGGGGAGGGGGAGAGAAGCGGUAAUGGUAUGAGACGCUCCUAAUCUAUAACCGGAGACGCAGACGGGACAGGACUGGACCGAGAGUGUUCGGUGCAGCUCCCGCAGCAUCUGUCUGUCUCUGCGCAAGAUGCUCAGCAGAACCGGGGGAAACCGAUCGACCAAUUAACUCCGUUAGAGGGCCUGUUAUGUUAAGGAAGAGAGUCAGAAUGACUAUCCCCAAAGAUAUUCCUGAAAAGUGGUUCCCCAUCAUUCUUCCACUGCAACAGAAGAAACAACAAGGACUAGAUGCUGCUAAAACCAAGAAGAAGUGGACAGAGGAGGAGAGGAGGGUCCGGGCCAAUGACAGAGAAUAUAACGAGAAGUUUCAGUAUGCGAGUAACUGUAUUGUGACGUCUAAGUACAACGUCGUCACCUUUCUGCCCGUCAACCUGUUUGAACAGUUCCAGGAAGUGGCCAACACCUACUUCCUCUUUCUGCUCAUACUGCAGUUGAUUCCUCAGAUCUCGUCUCUCUCCUGGUUCACCACCAUAGUGCCUUUAGUCCUGGUGCUCAGCAUCACUGCAGUAAAGGAUGCCACCGACGACUACUUCCGUCACAAGAGUGACAACCAGGUGAACAACCGCAAGUCUCAGGUCGUCAUCCACGGCUCGUAAGUCUCCUCUAGUCCAGUCUACACUCAGCAAUACAGACAGUCCUCUAGUCCAGUCUACACUCAGCA